AUGGGAAACCUUAGAGCAAUCCUCAUAGCUGUCUUUGCCUCUGCAAUUGCUCUUCAAAUAUGCUCGGUUCGUGCCACAUUUUCAGACAGCACUAGUUUCUACUGGGGUGCUGAACGUGGCCAAUAUACAGGUCCGGAUAGUGUUGAUCUCAAGUUGACUAAAGAAGGAGGAACUGGAUUAAAAUCAAAUAUCACUUACAUGUAUGGGUCUAUUACCAUGGGAAUCAAACUGCCCUGUGGUGAUUCAGCUGGAACUGUCACCACCUUCUAUCUGUCUUCUCGUGGUGAUGCACAUGAUGAGAUAGACUUCGAAUUCCUUGGGAACGCUUCAGGGCAGCCUUACACGAUUCAUACAAAUAUCUUCACCCAAGGAUUCGGUCAGCGUGAACAACAAUUCAAGCCUUGGUUCAACCCUUGUGAUGAUUAUCACUACUACACCAUUUUCUGGAACGUUUUCGAAGUCGUGUGGAUGGUAGACGGUGUUCCCAUUCGAGUCUUCAAAAACCACCAUGACCCGGCAAUUAAUUUCCCAGAUGCACAACCCAUGGAAACUUACUCCAGCUUUUGGAAUGCGGAUGAUUGGGCUACCCAAGGAGGACGUGUCAAAACUAACUGGAAACUUGCACCGUUUACAGCAAGCCUCCAAACCUACAAUGUAGAUGCCUGCUUGUGCGUGCUGAAUGACCCAGAAUGUGCGAAAAGAUGUAGCAGUUCUGGUAACUGGUGGACCCAAGAGAGUUACACUACGCUCAGUCAGACUCAGAUAGACGAGAUGAAUACGAUCAGAUACAACAACAUGUUCUACAACUACUGCACCGAUUACACCAAAGCAGAACUCCCUAAGGAAUGUUCAAUGGAAUCGUAUUAAUAUAAUGAUCACAAAUGAACCUCACAAGCAAGGUGCCUGCAGAAGAAAUUGGCACUAGAUGUUGUCCUGACAAGAUUCUUUUUCCCCUUUGUUCAAUGUUUUUUCAAAUGUUUCAAUACAGUAAUAUUAUUUGAUCAUAUAUUCUUGAUCUAAUAUACAAUUCACAUUUCCUACAAAUAAUUUUUUCUCUGUUUGCUAUAUUUUGCCAUUCUACUAUGUUAUUUUGUAUCCUAUUCCACGCCUGAGAGGAAAUCCAUGAUUGUUAUUUGUUCUUUGUUCCUCCUCCAGCAUUAUUCACCUAAGCAUAUCCACGGAGACCACAAUGCACACAUCGCAUGGGUUAGCUUCUUUGCUUCUUGUAGCUUAUUUAUAACUUCACUUCAUCAAAUGUCUACCUCAUCUGAUACUUUUUGUUCUGAACCACUUUCUAAUGGGGAGGAACGAAGGACCUACA